CUCGUCAGUAUCAACAUCAUCAAGUGUGUCAACACCAACUACCACAAGUGUCUCAACUUCCACUUCUUCGUCGACGUCUUCAAGUGUGUCAACUUCAAGUUCUGUGUCAACAUCAUCCUCCAUAUCAACUUCAUCUAGUGUUUCUACAUCAUCAAGUGUUUCAACAUCAAGUUCUGUCUCCACAUCUUCCUCAGUAUCAACAUCAUCGAGUGUCUCGACACCAACCACCACAAGUAUCUCAACUUCGUCGUCUGUUUCGACGUCGUCGAGUGUGUCGACUUCAAGUUCUGUCUCCACAUCGUCCUCGAUAUCAACGUCAUCAAGUGUUUCAACACCAACCACAACUAGCAUUUCGACAUCGUCGUCUGUUUCGACAUCGUCAAGUGUGUCCACUUCGAGCUCGGUGUCCUCAUCGUCAAGCGUCUCAACUUCUUCUUCUGUGUCCACAUCAUUAAGUACAUCGACCUCAAGCUCUGUGUCCACAUCCUCGUCAGUAUCAACAUCAUCAAGUGUGUCAACACCAACUACCACAAGUGUCUCAACUUCCACGUCUUCGUCGACGUCUUCAAGUGUGUCAACUUCAAGUUCUGUGUCAACAUCAUCCUCCAUAUCAACUUCAUCGAGUGUUUCUACAUCAUCAAGUGUUUCAACAUCAAGUUCUGUCUCCACAUCUUCCUCAGUAACAACAUCAUCGAGUGUCUCGACACCAACCACCACAAGUAUCUCAACUUCGUCGUCUGUUUCGACGUCCUCGAGUGUGUCGACUUCAAGUUCUGUCUCCACAUCGUCCUCGAUAUCAACGUCAUCAAGUGUUUCAACACCAACCACAACUAGCAUUUCGACAUCGUCGUCUGUUUCGACAUCAUCAAGUGUGUCCACUUCGAGCUCGGUGUCCUCAUCGUCAAGUGUCUCGACUUCUUCUUCUGUGUCCACAUCAUCAAGUACAUCGACCUCAAGCUCUGUGUCCACAUCCUCGUCAGUAUCAACAUCAUCAAGUGUGUCAACACCAACAACCACAAGUGUCUCAACUUCCACGUCUUCGUCGACGUCUUCAAGUGUGUCAACUUCAAGUUCUGUGUCAACAUCAUCCUCCAUAUCAACUUCAUCGAGUGUUUCUACAUCAUCAAGUGUUUCAACAUCAAGUUCUGCCUCCACAUCUUCCUCAGUAUCAACAUCAUCGAGUGUCUCGACACCAACCACCACAAGUAUCUCAACUUCGUCGUCUGUUUCGACGUCGUCGAGUGUGUCAACUUCAAGUUCUGUCUCCACAUCGUCCUCGAUAUCAACGUCAUCAAGUGUUUCAACACCAACCACAACUAGCAUUUCGACAACGUCGUCUGUUUCGACAUCAUCAAGUGUGUCCACUUCGAGCUCGGUGUCCUCAUCGUCAAGUGUCUCAACUUCUUCUUCUGUGUCCACAUCAUUAAGUACAUCGACCUCAAGCUCUGUGUCCACAUCCUCGUCAGUAUCAACAUCAUCAAGUGUGUCAACACCAACUACCACAAGUGUCUCAACUUCCACUUCUUCGUCGACGUCUUCAAGUGUGUCAACUUCAAGUUCUGUGUCAACAUCAUCCUCCAUAUCAACUUCAUCGAGUGUUUCUACAUCAUCAAGUGUUUCAACAUCAAGUUCUGCCUCCACAUCUUCCUCAGUAUCAACAUCAUCGAGUGUCUCGACACCAACCACCACAAGUAUCUCAACUUCGUCGUCUGUUUCGACGUCGUCGAGUGUGUCGACUUCAAGUUCUGUCUCCACAUCGUCCUCGAUAUCAACGUCAUCAAGUGUUUCAACACCAACCACAACUAGCAUUUCGACAUCGUCGUCUGUUUCGACAUCAUCAAGUGUGUCCACUUCGAGCUCGGUGUCCUCAUCGUCAAGUGUCUCGACUUCUUCUUCUGUGUCCACAUCAUCAAGUACAUCGACCUCAAGCUCUGUGUCCACAUCCUCGUCAGUAUCAACAUCAUCAAGUGUGUCAACACCAACUACCACAAGUGUCUCAACUUCCACGUCUUCGUCGACGUCUUCAAGUGUGUCAACUUCAAGUUCUGUGUCAACAUCAUCCUCCAUAUCAACUUCAUCGAGUGUUUCUACAUCAUCAAGUGUUUCAACAUCAAGUUCUGCCUCCACAUCUUCCUCAGUAUCAACAUCAUCGAGUGUCUCGACACCAACCACCACAAGUAUCUCAACUUCGUCGUCUGUUUCGACGUCGUCGAGUGUGUCAACUUCAAGUUCUGUCUCCACAUCGUCCUCGAUAUCAACGUCAUCAAGUGUUUCAACACCAACCACAACUAGCAUUUCGACAUCGUCGUCUGUUUCGACAUCAUCAAGUGUGUCCACUUCGAGCUCGGUGUCCUCAUCGUCAAGUGUCUCAACUUCUUCUUCUGUGUCCACAUCAUCAAGUACAUCGACCUCAAGCUCUUUGUCCACAUCCUCGUCAGUAUCAACAUCAUCAAGUGUGUCAACACCAACUACCACAAGUGUCUCAACUUCCACUUCUUCGUCGACGUCUUCAAGUGUGUCAACUUCAAGUUCUGUGUCAACAUCAUCCUCCAUAUCAACUUCAUCGAGUGUUUCUACAUCAUCAAGUGUUUCAACAUCAAGUUCUACCUCCACAUCUUCCUCAGUAUCAACA